AUGAGCAUCAAUCACAAGAAAAAGAUUUUUGAAAACACUGCUCCAAAUCCAUAUUUCAAUACAAUUGAAUCUCCAUAAGUUCCUAAGAUUCUAGAAUAAUCAAUAAUUUAAUAGAAUCCUUAUUUCAACAGUCAAUUAGGCAAUUCAAAUUAAUUCGAGUUAACAAAAUAGGUAUUAGAUGAACGUCAGAGUAUCUCUCCUAAUGAUCUAGAGUAGUUUCUAAUAUUAUUUCGAUAGCCACAAUAAAUCAACAUGAAACUAGAUAAUAGUUAGUCAAGUCAAUCUAAUUAAUAACAAUUCUACGAACAACUUGAAAUAGAAGGAGAAAAAUUGAGGGUUAAGUUAAAGUCAGAUGCUCGUAUUGUCUCAUCAAUUAUAGAAAAACAUACAAAGAUGAAAUCUAACAAAUAACGAUGCAUCGAAUAAAUGAAUCAUCUCAUAAAUGAAAUUAAGUCUUAUAAUAAUGUUUCUAGGUAUUCUGAACUCAAUAGAUCUAUUAAAUACAAUUUCAAUUAACUUGAAUCUAAUUAAUUAGAAUUAAGAGAUAUUCAGAAGGAGGCAUCAACAUUUGAAAGAGUUAUGUCAGUUUCAGUUUAACAGUAAUAGUCUCAUCAGCAAGGGCAAAAUUAACUUGAUCAAACUAUUGGACAUUCAUCAAACGAAACCUCUGAGGCUGAAUUCACAUCAUUAUCACUAUAAAUUUAUUCUUCGAUUGAAAUGCAUGCAAAAGAAUUUGAGCAAACAAUUUCAGAGAAAAAAAGGUUAAUGCAUAUAAGCUAAAAUUAUCAUUAAUACAAAUAAGUCUGUUAAGGUUUGAUUCAGCUCAUCCAAAAAUAUCCAUAAUUUGAAUAAUAAUAAUCUUAACAAAUGUUAAAGUUAGAAAGCAUUGCUUCAAUUUAUUUUUUUCACUUUUAAAAAGAAUUGAGCUAAUAGAAUUUAUAUUACACAUAAAUUACAGAAGAUAUUAGAUUAUCUUUGUCUAUUAUUGAUAAAAUGAAAUAUUUGUUGGAAUAGGCAAAAAGUUUGGAUUGCAUCACCGAAUUUUAUUUAUAUAUAGAGAGCUAAUUGACUGGCCAAUAAUUGAUUAUUAAAUCAGGAAAUAAUUUAAAGUUGGCUAAAGCUUACUAAAAUUAAUUCAAUAUGCUUAAUAUCAAUAAUUAUCAAUAUUUUCACAUCCUCAGACAUAAGGUUUAUAAUAAAUGUCUUUUAGAGUUUGAUAAAAUAUAAUUUGAUAUAAAAACAGCUAGGAAUUUGCAAUCAAUUCUAUUAGAGUAUGUUAAAUAAUUUAAAAAUUAUAUUUCAAUAGAUUAUGUUAAAUUAUUCAACGAUGUAUUAGCAAACUUAAAAUAAGAUCUAAAAAAAGAGUCUUGGCUCUAUUUAAUUAAUCUAUAUACCGAAUUAAGCUAAAAAAAAUAAGACUUAUAAAUUAUGAUCAAAAAUUUACAAAAUAUAAAAAACCAAAAUUAAUAUUUAAUAAGGUUGAUAUCGGUAUUUUAGUAGAAUAUUGAAAAAGAAUUGGAAUAACUUAAAGAUCUUUAGCCUAAAUUAAAUUAAUAUUUAGAAAUAAAAGAUUUUAAAGCAUAAAAAGAGUUUGAAAAUUUUUAUGACUAAUAUUUAAAAUGCUAUAAUGAAAUACAUCCAAAAUAAUAAAGCAUAUUAUCUGAUAUUAAUUAAUUCUUAGAAGAUUCAACUAAUCCACAAUCAAAUGAUGAAUAAUAUCAAUAUUUGAGAUCCCUGUAAACUCUAUAGCCUAGUAUUAGAUAAUUAAACAAUAAAAGAAUAAGUGGAAAUUUUAAAGAAAUUAAAACUUAAUUUGAUGAAUUACUAUAAUUUGAGGUAGAUAUUGUUUAACUUCAAGUAUCUAUGAAAUCAAUAAUAACUACAAAUUUUAAUCUUAUUUUAGACGAUUUUUUAGAUAUUACAAAAUCGAACACAAAUAGUGUUUUGUCAUAAUUAAUGGAAUUCAUAUAAAAAAAUAUUAAGACUAUUUCUGAAAUUAAAAGUCCCUCACUUUAUAAUAUUAAGGAAUAAUAACUUCGUUAAUUCUAAUAGGUUUGGAUGUUCUUUGAAUAAUUUGAAAAGUUUAGAUCAUCCUUAUCAUUGUUAUUUAAUAAUAAUCCGACAAUUAAUUAUACUUAAUAUUUAUAGUUUAUGAACAAAAAUAAAUUUAGCUCUUUAUUCUAUUAACUUUCAAAAUGUAAUUAUAAAAUUUGUAAAAAAUGGCAUGAUUUUUAAUUAGAUUUAAGCCAUAUUAGUCUUAAAUCAUAUAUAUCAUACAUAACUAAACUUCUUGAUAAGAUAAUUAUAAUAGGACAAUUUGAGGUUCCAUUGACUCAAAUAUAAUUCAAUGAAGAAAAUUGCUAAUUGCUUUUAGAAUUUUUAGAAUAGGAAUAUACAAGUUAAUUGUAGAGAUUCAUUUGCAAGCAUUAAAUAUAUAGGAAGAUGAAAUAGCUUCAAUUAAACUAAUUAACUUUCAAUAAGUUAAAGUAAUAUUUUGAACAUUUGCAGAUUGCAUAAGAUAAUGAGGAUUUUAUAGAUUUAAGGUAUAUUUUGAUUGAAUGUUCUGACUCUUAGCAAAAGGAUAGUGAAAUAUACUCAACAUUACAAGAGGAAUGGAUUUUAGAUCAUUUAGAAUAAGGAGAUAAUAGUUUUUUAUAAGGUUUUGUAAAUAAUGAAGGAAUUUUCAGUAGCAGCUUAAUGAGACAUACAGCAAAACUGCAGAAAUUGGCUAAAUUGUCUAGUGAAUAGAAUGUAAAUUGGAGAAAUGUCAAAUAAAUAUUAAAAUAAGAAAUAUGA